AUGGAAACAAAAACAUUCAAAGGUCCCGAACUAGAAAUGAAAACGACAUUACCUACCAUGGUUAUUGACAAAACAGACCGAGUUAGGGAUCCAAAAAGUCAAACAGUUGAAGAACACAUAGAUAUGGAUGCUAAGUCUGCCGUUUUGGCGCACGAACAAGGUAAAGAAACUUCCCAAACGUUUUCACCAGAAGCUAUCCAACCGUCUGAGACACAAAUAUCUAUGCUAUCUACGCCAUCUGAAGAAGACAUCGCUAAAAUAUUUGCAUCACUCCAAGCAUUACAAAAACAAUCAACCCAAAGUUUAGACUCAGUUUUACCUUCCAUUGAAAGUAGUAUCGAUGAGAGCAAGAUACAAAAAACAUCAAUAACAUUACAAGAAGAAAAGAUAACUACAGAAGCAGCCGAAACUUCUCCAACAACGAUAGAUGAUGAAGAAUCUACCAGUGAAAAUUUGUUAACUACUGAAACUGAUUCAACUACUGAACCAAUAAAACUCACCACCCCUGAGAAUGAAGUUGAUGUAAUUUGUACAGACGGAAGCCAAGUUAUAGCUACAACUGCUUACAAAACAUUAACCUACCUCACCACAUUCUUUAUUCCUGCAGACGACAGUACCACCACCUCUGUUAAAUCAAAUGAAGUUGUUUCAACAGAAAUUGGUUUCCAAACUAGAGCUUGCCAAGAAAUUGCACCAAGUUUACCAGUGACUACCCCUUCUGCGAGUCAAUCUCCAACUACCACCGAAGAAAUCACUACUACUCAAGAACAAAAGGUAGAAACCACCAUUGAUGCUGAAACAGAAAAAACCGAGACAACAACAACCGAACAAGAAAUUACUACAGCAAAACAUAUUGAAACUACAACUGCUGAAGUUACAACAGAAGAACACACAGUCACCGAAUCUGUUACAGAAGCUACAGAAACUACAACUGAAGAUGGUGACGAAUUAGAAAUUAUUUACAAAACCUUGUACACUACUUACACUUAUCUUACAACAUAUUUCCAAGAAUCUACCUCAUCUAUAUCUAGCAGAACAGUAGUGACGACCAAUGUAGUAACAUCCACUUUGGAUCCCAAAAUGGAAAGCACAAUUGACUCACUAGAAGGUAUUAUGGAUAGGGAAGAAAGUUCCAGCUCUAGAUACAAAACAAAAACAGUAUCAUUUGAAGAUCUAGCUAAUAUAACACCUACUAGUACUAUAGCUGUUACUCCAACUGUUAGUGUUGUUGAUAACGAUAAUGAACAAGAAGCUACACCUUCUUUGGAUGACACAAAAAUUAAUGCUGUAGGUGUUAAGACAUAUUAUACAACGUAUACAUAUUUCACAACUAUCUUUGUCGAUGGUGAAACCGAGAUCUCCAGUAGAACAGAAGUUUAUACUAACUAUGUAACACCUUCUAUACUAGCAACUGCUUCGGCAAAAGAUUUGGAAACUACCAAACUAACAAACUUUUCUGAAGACGACGAUAACGAUGAAGAUGAGGACGAUGAGGGCGAUGAUGAGGAAAGUUACACAAAGAAAAAGCUUAAAUUAUUAUCAAAAAUAAAGCCUGAGAGCAUCUACAACACCAUAUCCAGGCAAAAAUCUGCAACCACUGAGAGUGAGGUCACUUCUUUUACUGAAGAUUCUAUCACUACAGAGAAUAAUGAAAUUUCUGAUAAUGGUCUUGAUUUGAGUGAAUACGAAACUAUCUCUACAAUGGUAACUGAUGUAAGAAGUUCCACUUCAGAAGGCGACAGAAGAAUAAUCGAUAAUUUAGACAAACGUAACGUUCUAUUGGAUGAUCAAAUAGUAUCUGAAUCAAACAACGACUCCGAAAUAUUGCCUUCUCCUACGUUACUACUACAAACCAGUUAUACCACAUUCACUUACUUCACCACGAUGUACCAUGGAACUACUUCCAGUAACGUAGUUAGCAGAUUAGAAACAGUUACUAAUGUAGUUACGCAAACAUUAGAGCCAACUCAAAUAGCCACCACUGAAGAUCCGAAUGCACCGGUAACAUAUUUUACUACAUUCACUUACUGGACUACUCUGUACAAGGACGGUACCACAAAAAUUACCAGCAGAGAAGAAACAGUAACUAACGUUGAAACUGCGUCCAUUAAACCUACCAGUACUUUAGCGUUUAUAGUACCCACGGCGACAACUGACUUAACUACAUCAUCAACGGAAGUAGAAAGUGUUUAUCCAAGUACCGUUGGAGAAGAUGCUCUUACAACUUAUUACACUACUUACACGUAUUAUACUACUUCUUACAUCGGGGAUAGUACUGUUCUGAACAGCAGACUGGAAACAGUUACCAAUGUUUUGAACAAUACUUCUGAUAUAGACUCAAACUUCAUAGGACGAGCUAUUGGGUCUUACGAUAAAAACAAAAUUGCUAAUUCUGAUAAACCUGCUUCCAAUGAUAGUAGUACUAGUACCAUUAAACCAACUGGUCUACUGUCUACUAUAGUGAAUACCAUAGAAAAUAACGGUACUACCACAGUGUUAUCAACAGAUGUUUAUGGUACUUAUAUAGAUGGACUGUAUGCUAAAGUACUAGAAAGCUCGUCAAGCAUUCUUACUAGUGAGAUCAAAGCAUCACCUGUAAGUGAAACAUUGAAGCCCACAGGAGUAGUAAGUAUUAAUCAAGGAAAAAUCGUAGAUGCUGAAGGUGUUAGUACUCUAUUCUACACAACACAAGCAAUUGGGACGUAUAUAGAUAACUUAUAUGCCCAGGUAAUUGAAAGUACCAGUUCUCUAACUGUUGACGAAGAAAAGAAAGCAGGUUUGCCUACUGAUUUGCCUAUUGCUCACAGAACUGGUUUAGUAAGAUUAAUAGAAGGUUCCAUUGUUCAGAACGAUACAACCACAUACUACGAAUCCAAAGUGCUGGGCACUAUCAUAGAUGGACGGUACGCUCAGAUCAUAGAAAGUACUUCCAGCUUUUUAAUCGGUCAAAAAAGCUCGAUUCAGCCUAAUUCUGUGACUGAAAUUCAGCCGUCCACAACACAAGGUCCUGAUAAGAAUAUUAUUGCAACAAAACUUGUGUCACCUUCUCCAGUAGCAAUAGAAGGUUCAAUAGAGGAUUCCACGAAAAUUGAUGAUGAAUCCACGACUGAAGAAAAUGAAGAGGAAGAGGAAGAUGACAAAGGUAAAGGAAAGUCAAGACUAACAUUCCAAUCUAAGAAGAGAACGUUUACUCCAGCAAUUAGACCUUUUGCUUCGAGGCAGCGCCCAUCUUUUGCUCCUAAACGUAAACAAUCUGGACAAAGUACAGCAGCUACGAUUACGAGAAGUGAUUUUACUCCUACAGUGACAGCAGUACCAGCUUCUAAAGCUAAUAGAUUUGGAGGUAGAAGAUCCUCAUCGGGGGCAAAUACCAUCAACCCAACAGCAUCUGGCAGCAGAAGAUUCUCCAGAACAAAAGGUCCCAGUUCGUCUUCUUUUGGUGGUAGACGUAGUAGCUCUUCUAGAAUUCAGCCUACAAGCGCAUUUGGAUCUAGCUCUAGAAGAACUGGAUUAAGAUCAUCUAGUGGUAUUCCCAAUCGUUCUAGUUCUUUGUUUGGAGCCAGACCAAGAAUAAGACCAACUUUAGCAUCUGGGUUGGUUCGGUCCCCAAGUUCUAACGUAAUAAGUGAGACACCUUUAGAUGAUGAAAAUAGUAUUACUACUUUAGUUACUGAAAAUCCUGCCGAAACAGCUGAAGCAGGUGAAACCACAUUGGAACUUCAAACCACCACUGAACCUUCUUCAAGACGUAGUCAAAAUCCUCUUUUGAAGUUUAGAAGACCCCCACUAGGAAGAACGACUCCAACAAGAACUGCAAAAGCUAGAACAAGUGCUACUAGGCCUGUAACUACUAGUACCACUACCACAACUACAUCAAGACCUAAAACUACUAGAGCUAAUAGCUUAUUAAACAGAGCCAGAUCAAAUGGUUUGUUUCCAAGAAGAAACUUAUUUACUACUACAUCAACAACACCUCCUCCAAAGGAAGAAGAUGAACUAAGUGAAGAUGAUUUAGUUGAAGAAGGAGAUGCUGAAGAAGAUACUGAUUAUGAAAGUUCUUUGAGGAAUACACAAACCGCUGAACCACCCUCAACAACCACAAAGGCUUCGGUUAAUAGAGGAAGAUCAUUCAAUAGUGUUCAAAUCAAACCGUUUUUCAGAAAGAGAGCCAAAAGAGAUACUUACUCAAGAUUUAGGCGACCUACUGCUAAAACUACUUCCACUACAGAAGCAGAAGUAAUUGAAGAAAAGACUGAAAAACCAGUAAAGGCUGUAACUAGAGGUAAAUAUUCUACUCGAAGCAGAACGAAAUAUUCCACUUCUACUACUACAUCGACUACUCCCGCGCCUAGAAAGAGAAUAUCUCCCAGUAAAGCAUCACCGCAAAGCAGGACCCAAUUUACGUUAAGAGAAAGUGAUAAGAGGUCCAAUUUUAAAAGACCUACUGCAGGUAGUCGGGUAACUAGACCUACCACACCAAGAACUGGUGGAACGAGAUAUAGAACUAAUGAAAAUAGUAGAAAAACAAAUGGUAAUAACAGGCAGAUAGCUAGAACUACUGUUAGAAGUAGAACGAACCAAAGACAGAGACAUCCUUCUAAUGAAUUUGACCAAGACAAUUUUAUUCACCCACACAAUGAUGGUACUAUAACAGUUACGCAUCAAAUACCAACAGAAGUAACAAUACCUGUUGUUAAUGGUAAAAUAACAGAGUACAAAAAUAUUAUUACAGCAAAAUACAGUACUGAAGUCUUAAAUCCAAAUCAAUAUUCAACUUCUAUUAACGCUCUUGGUAAAGAUGUUACUGUUUUAUUGAGUGAAAACACUGACAUAAAUAACGGAGCAACUUUGAUAACACAUUUUGUGCUUAAAGAAACUCCAACGACGAGCAUUACUUUUACACCAACCUACAUUAAUAGACGCAAAACAUCUUAUAGGCAUGUACUACCUAGUACUGUAUACGAAGUUGAACCUGUUGUUAACACUAUUCAACCAAAUCUUGCACAAGCACCACUGGCGAAUAUAUUAUUAUCUCAGUUACUCUUAGGAGGUCUACAGCCACAACCAAAUGCUUUGUUAGGGUACCCUCCACCAGGAUUAGUACCACUAAGUCCUACAACAGAAUUUAAAACUCGAACAACCACCUACGUUACUACUGUUACUAGUGAAACAUCCACGGUUAUACCUUUAACAUUCAGAGGUAAAGAAAUUCUCACUACGAUCAUUGAUAGUAGUGUAAACGUAGUAACAGCAACAGAAUUCCUAACCGAUACAGUCGUGGUAACACCAACUCUAGGAUACCCUCCUCCACAACUCAACACAGCAUUACUCAUACCACUUUUACAACAACAGCUGCAACAGCAACAGCAACAAACUCAACAACAGCAGCAGUUCCAAAGGCAGGUCCACUUAACUAAUAAUUUGCCAACACCUGACAACGUAUAUAAUUUAAAUGACAAUGUAGAUGCUCAAAGCUUAUUCCAGGAACAAGAAAGGUUUAAUUUAGCUAUUGAAGAUGAAUUUACAGACAUUCAAAAGCCAGUGGAGAUCGAGGAAGAUGUAGAGCCUACCACAAAAAGAAAGAUUAACAGGAAAAGUAAAAAAAUUAAACCUAUUCUGACACCCACAGAACGACCCAAAGAAACGAGUAUUGUAACACUAUACGUAUCUGGACGAACACCAGGGGAAUUUACAACCCUAUUGUCCACUAUAAUAAUUGACGAAGAAAACAAUAGCAGAUCUAAAAGAGAAAUUAUAGUAGAACCUUCAAGGAUACUACAUAAUGCGAUUAUAAACGAUAGGGAAAGUUUUGACGAUUUUAUAAUGGCCGGUGUUAAAGAUGUACCUUUAGAAACUUCAGAAGUUGCAACCGAAACAGAAAGUCUAGAAAGUAUAAUAGGGGACGUUCAACAUCUAGAAGACCUUAGCAGACAUACCCCCUUCAUGCCAAAGGUCAUAGCUUCUCUUAAUAAAGGGGGAAUUCAACAAAAUUCACAAAUACAUAGAUAUAAGCGUCAGGUGACACAAUUAGGCAGUAACAAUUCCAGUAAAAAGAAGAGAAGGGUAGUGAAAAAAUUGACAAGAGUGCAAUUGGUAUCGAAUAGUACAUUAGACGAUAAUGAUAAUCAAAAUUUAGAAGGUAGCAUUAGAAAGAUAAAUCAAGAAGCCACAACUAAGAGAAAGCUACGUAGGAUAAAAAUUAAGAAGAAGAAAUUACGACAGAAUAUUGUUUUGCAGGAUGAUCAACAUUUACAAGAAGCCACUAAGCCCAGAAAAAGAAUUGUAGUCACAAAGAAGAGACUACUAACUAGAAACAAAUAUUCUAAUAGUGUAUCCUAUAGCGAAACUGAUACACCACUUACUAGUACAAAAACGUAUCCCUAUCAGAAUACCAAUGAACACACUAGAGGAAAUUAUGAAUAUGAAAAUACUUCAGAAGAGAAUGAAAUUGGUGAUUAUUCAGAUGAUGAUGAUGAUGACAGUGAAGAGAAUGAAGAUGAUGAAUAUGAUGAUGAUAGAGAAGAAGUUGAAGAUGAAAAUCAUUUAGACUACAGACCAAAAUACCUAGACGACGAAGACUACGAAGAUACAACAGAACAAAACGAGAUUGUGACGCUGAAAGAAUCCGAUUUUUUUUAUACCAAUUUUGAAGAUGAACCGUUGACCACAGAGGAUUUGAUACCUUUAACGGAGGUAUAUACUGAAAAUCCAACAAUAUUUACUAAUGACUCGAGAGCAACUGAAAGUGUCAAAAAUGAAUUGAGUACAGAGAAAGAAGUAACAACAGAGGAAGAAAAAGUAACUACAACUGAGCAAGAUAAUUAUGUUACGACAGGAAGAAAUGAUUUAUCUAUAGAAAUAACUUCUGAAGCAGAUAAAGGCAGCUCUGUGUCAACAACACCUGAUGUAUCAGCGACUGAAGCAACUUCCAAACGUAACUUAGAAGAUAUUACUGAAGAAAUCGAAGACAUUAACGACACACCAACUUUUCAAAAUAUUCCUGAGUACGAACCCUAUUUCCCAGAACUAACCGAAUCACUGGAUGCUCCCAUUAUCCUCUUCAAAACAACAGUUCUGUCUUCUAUCGAACUCUUGACUAAAACCGUUGUACAAAGCAGACUAAGAACCUAUACUUACGUUAUAACCACUAAAGCAGGAAACGAGCAAGUAGUUACUUCCACUACCGAAGUAAAACCUCACACAAAAACGACAAUUACUACCGAAUCUAUUACGCGACUUACUACAUUAACACUCUUAGAUAUAGACGCAACAAGUACCUUAACCAGUCCACAACAAUCUAUAUCUUCUGUUCUGGAUAAAUCUCAGUCUGUCCAAGACAAUCAAGUUAGAAACUACGAUGAAGCUAGAAACCUGGCCACGAGGAUUAUGUCCAACGGUGUCGAAGUAAUAGUAGCUGGAGACAAGACGAUUCCAGGGGAUAAAGACUAUAAGAGGCUUCUUACGUCAGGAACUUAUAAAGGAAUCACGUUGAAACCCAGCACGUUGAGGGAGAAUAUGUUGAUGAUGUUGCCUCAGGAUUCGUCAAAUAUUGAAAGUUUGACUUCUUCGUUAUACCCCAAUCAGUUCAUCACGAAGACAUGUUUGACAACUUUCACGUAUUUGACGACGUUCCUAGAGGGCAGCACGACUACAGUGUCUAGUCACGAACAAGUGGUGUCUAAUAUAGCCACAGAAGAGAGGAAUACGGGCAAGAUAUUACCAACACCGGCUGUUGGGGUCACACUUACACAGAAUCCCAACUUAUCAGUGGGCGUAUUCCACACUACAUACACCUACCUCAACACCAUCCUGGAUGGAGAUCAACCUCUAGUGGUGUCUUCAAAGCACACUGUUACAAAUACCAUCACAGCACCAGAUGACUAUUUAUCCUUACUGAAAGUAUCCGGUACUUUAUCUCCUAUGAAAGAUACCAACACCUACUAUAGCACUAUUGGUCUAGAAAAAACUUUAUACGAAGGAAACAAAACUUCAGUAAUGAGCACCAAAGAGGUAGUGACCCAAGUGGUUAUUACAGAAAGCGUACCACCAAGAGCUACCUCAGUAAUGACGUCGUAUAUUGCAUUGGACUUUAAAGACAGUCCUGAUUCCUCGUUCGUUACGACAGAUGUUGUUAAAACUUAUUUCGUCACUUAUACGUAUUACAACACUAUCAAUGAAAACAACCUGCCAACAGUAUUCACUAAUAUAUCUGUAUCGAGUGACGUUGUUACUGAAAAGUUAUAUAUUAUUCCAAAAACUAGCAACAAAUUUGAUUUCCAAAGUAAAGAACAAAGGCUAGAAAAUAAUUUCCAAAUUUACACGACAAAAUCAUAUUUAACUACUUUCACCUACUUUACAACUUUAUUACAAGAAGAAAAUCAAGAAAAUCCCACUGUUAUCAAUUCAAGAACUAGUGUAGUCGAAAAUUUAGUGUCUGAAACUGUUGAUUUAAGUUUGUUAGACAAAUCAAAUCUAAAUGAGAUUAGAAACGCAAUUGAACAAGGCUCAAAAUCGUUAGUACAAACCAUUACUCUGUAUAAUGGAGAAACUUUUGAAAUAACUGCGGUAGCCAACAAUAAAAAUAAUGCAGACGAGAGAAUAAGUCCUACAAAAGUGUUACCUAUAGAAAAAACGCAAAUGCCUGAAACAUUUUCGCUUAUUAAAAACGACAAUAUUCAAGCAGAAUCGUCUCCAUCUAUAAUCACAGGUUCCACGAUUGUUUUUAUAGACGAUGAUCCAUUCGCUCAAUUAACACCAACCCCAGUACUGAAAAAAACCAAUACAAUAAAAACAAAUACUUCUCCUAGUACUAUAAAACCUUCCAAAGGACUAAAAAAGAGUAAACGAUCUACAAAAAGUAAAACAAAAGCACAAACAUCUGCCAUAUCACCAUCAAAAUCUAAAAAACAUAACACAGAAACAUACAAAGACAAACCACAAACUGAAGAAAAAAAUAAAGACAAGAAAAAUGCUCCUGCUAAAACUGGCAAACCGACUCAAGAAAAUGACUUGCUAGGUUUGGGCUCAAUUAAUAUCGACAGUCUCCAAGCUUUUGCUCCUUUUCUUAAUUCCAUGGCUGGUUUUUUAUCAACAAACUUAAAAGCUAACAGAAGAAGUGACGUCAACGUAACUACAACCACCACAAAAGUAGAUACUAAUAAAAUAACUAAAUUUAAAACAAAUAAACCUACUAAAGAUCAACAAACUGAAGCAGAUACAAUACAAGAAGAUAUACAAGAUGUUCAAAGUAGAUCUCCUAUAUAUAUCCCGGUGAGAGGUUUAGAUGAUGAAUUUGAGAUUGCUGAAAGCCAAAAUAUAGCCAGUUUUGACUGGAUAGAUCCUCCAUUAACGAACAAAAAAAUCCAAGAAUACCACGCCCAUGAAAGUGCCCUAAUUAGUCAUGGAAUACCGAUAUCUCCCGGUGAUAUCAUAACCACCAACUCCGAUGUUAUUGUAGGGAAGCCAGGUAGAGUUGGUCCAAGAAUUCCGUCUAUUCCAGUGCAACAAGUAAGUCAAGAAAAUGAGAUUCCUAUUGGUAUGAAGCCUCCUCCCGUAGCAAGUGAACAUUGGAAAAAGAAUAACCACGAAUAUAAAAGAAUUCCUGUAACAAACAGCUUUGAGAAGCCUUCUGAGUAUCGGCAUGAAGAUUAUUUAGGUCCUCCUCCGCCGAUAGCACCUUUUGAGUUUAAUGUGCAGAACGAUAAGGUGAACGAAAUAUCAGGAAAUCCUGUUUAUGCCAAAAAUCAGAAAAACUACGAACCAAUACACUCACAACAACAUUAUAAUGACCAGCAGUACAAGUUUCACGAACAACAACUGCCUGCAUUUACAAAUAACCAUCCUGUAUAUGCACAAUCUUUUAAUCAUGAACCACCAACUAGGGAAAAACCAUUUAACCCUAACACAAAACCGGUGUAUAAUUUGCAAGAACCUGCACCCCCCACACAGCAUGGUAAUAAUCGUCCAUUAUAUGUUCCUGCCGAUUACCACGAUAUUCCAAUAAACCAAGGAGAAAUACUAACAGGAGCAAUUCCUCACGUUCAAAUCAAACAAUAUGAUGCACACGAACAUGUGCAUAUAAAUAUAAACAAUCAACAACAUCUUAAUAUUGAACCACACCAUCAUGAAAUACCAAUAAAACUACAAGAAGAAAUUUUAACCGGAGCAAAACUAAAUAAUAUCAAUAUUAAACCAUCCAUAAUCAACAACGAGCCUUUUAUAUUGCCAGAAGUUAUCGAAAGGUCCACAGGUCAACCACUUUUGGUCAACAUUCAACCGAGUCAAGUGGCUUUCGUAAAUAUACCAUACAAUAGAACUACAGCAUUGAUCUACGGUGGUUCCACAGAACCGCAUAGAAAUGGCCAAUAUUUUGAUGAUCCUUCGCCGUAUCCACAACCAGAAUAUUCAAUAAUAGAGAUGAAUGAUCCAGUUUUACCAAUUGCUUCAAUCUAUCAACCAGACCUUCCCAAUCAAAAGCAAGUGAAAGGUGUGAUCAAAGUAGAAAAUCAGUUGAUCAGAAAUGAACCUAUAAGUAGCGAGAAUCAGAAAGUUAAUGUUCAUAUACAACCAACAAAAAUUGAACAAUUAAACAUAAAUAUUCAGGAAAACCAAGUAGCAAAAACACCUCCUGUUUCUUAUGGUUUAGUUCAUCAUGGUGCAGACUUUGAUGCACACGUUAUCAACCACAAUGAUAUGUUUGGUAGUGUUUUACCUUCAAACGAUCAAAACAACAACAGAAGACCUUUUCCAAACCUCAACAUAGGAAAUAGUGAGAUUCCAAUUGAUAAAAAUGUAAUAAACUAUAGAAGACCGACACACAUACAUUCCAGACCAAUAUAUAACCAAGAAGGUAUUGCUGACCCUUUUCCCAACAGAUUACCAAAUGGGAUAGUUCCACAAAUUCCAAAUAACAAGCAUCAAUACUUACAGAAAUACAACAACAAUAAAAAGAACAUUUUGAGGCCAAAUUACGUAUCCCAAAAGCAAGAACCUGAGAUAUCAGAGUUUAUGCUUCCACCUACAACACCUAGGCUUCAGAAUAAGCGACCAUAUGAUCAAAAACAAAAUAGUAGACCCAUUUCUAUUCCAGUGGGUCCAGAAAAAGAACAAAGUCCAAAACUACCACCCGAUUUUAAACCUUCCUAUCCAAUCUUUGAAGUGCACUUACCACCAAGUAAUAUAAAUCACCAACCUCACGAUCCUGUUCAACCAAUACAGUCUAACCAUCCUCAGAAACCUGUUCAAACAAUACAGUCCAACUAUCCCCACAGACCUGUUCAAACAGUACAGUCCAACUAUCACGAGCCUGUUCAACAAAUACAGUUCAACUAUCCUCAUAAACCUGUUCAACCAAUUCAGUCAAACUAUCAUGAGAUAAACAUGGACCAAGAGGUUGGUAAUCAUAAAGAAGAUGAUUUAGAAAAUGAAGAUGGAGAAGUUGUACAGGAAUCUAAUAGCAGACCUUUACUUCCUGGAGAAAUUCCUCAUGAGAUAGUUAAAAUGCAGUCUAGCUCAACAGAAAAACCAGAAGCAAGACCUGUCUUUACCGGACAUAAUGUAUUUAAACAACCAUUAGACCAUGCUUCACAACCACCAGAAGAAAAAGUUAUAUACAAUCAAACUACCAUAGGUAUAGACCUUUUGCACAGCAUAAACAAUGCUUUUAAUGAAGUUAAUAAUGAAAAUAUAGACAAUUUGAAUGCCAUUCCAACUCAAGAUCAGACAUUAUAUACAAUUUCUCAAAAACCUAUUGUUUUUAGAGACGAAAUACCAACACAUAACUCUGGUACAACUCAAAAACCAGUUCUUAUCUUUAUCGACCAAGACGAGAAAACCAAAGAAACUUUCUUUAACAAAGAGAACAAAGAUAGGCCAACUGUAACGUCACUACCUAUUAACACGUUUAAAGAAACUUUAUUCUCUUAUCCGAUCAAUAAAGAUCGACCAACGGUAACUUCACUUCCUAUUAACAGAUUCAAAGAUUAUAAUAGAGAAAAACCAAAGGCACCUUCGCAGAUUACACGUCCUGUUAAAGAAAAUAACUCUAAAGAAAGGCCAACAGUUACGUCACUGCCAAUCAACAACUUUAACGAGUACAAUAGAGAAAAACCAGUAACUCCUUCCCAACGUAUAAACGUAUAUAAAGAUAAUCGGGAGAGACCAUCAAUUGGUUCUCAACCAAUACAUAUAAAUACAACAAAGAAUACCUACAACGAAAGACCAUCUGUUACAUCCUUACCAAUAAGUAACAACAGAGAAAAGCCUCAAAAUUUUAACUCGUAUAAAGACAGUAAUCUGGGAAGACUAACAUCUACCUCCCAGCCACCAAAUACAUUCAAAGAAAACACCUACAGAGAAAGACCAACAGUAACUUCACUACCUAUAAACAACUUUAAGGACUACAACAGAGAAAAACCAAUAACUUCUCCUUAUAAUGUUAACAUCUACAGAGAUUAUCGUCGUCCAACUGCAUCGCCUCGACCUGUUACUAACUAUAAAGAGUUUAACAACAGACCAGCUGUUACAUCGUUGCCUAUUGAUAAGUUCCAAAUAUUUAAUAACAGAGAAAGACCUCCUAUAACAUCUAUAGCUAACGAUAAAGACCAAGGACUGCGAAUUGGUACUCAAACUGAAAAACCCUUCUCUGGAGUACCAUCAAAAACGAUUUCUUUCAACGAAAUUGUCAAAAAGGAUGUACUUCUGCCCAAACCGAGUAAGAACGUGAACCUACCGCUCACAACUAGCACUCCUUUAAGUACAGUUGAUAAGGAAUCACAAUUUAAUACUGGAGAAAUACCACUCAAUUACAACAAUAGUAUAAAACAGAUAACUGACAUGGAAAUCAUGAAACCCCCACCUCCUCCUCCAGAUAUGUCGAAACAACCAGCAAACAUUUACACCGUAGUACCUACAGACAAUCAGAAGCCACUCUAUACACCAAAUAUAUCAGAAGAAAUGGUACCACCACCACCACAAGAUACUCAGAAGGUUAUUGGUAUGGUACCACCUCCAUUAACGUCACCGAAAUUACCUAUAACUGUAACGACCCCCAAGUAUUCGAUGGAGGUAGACGUUCCUAGUACAAAACCAACGACUAGUACCACCGAAGGUAACAGACAUAGAACCAGAAGACCAUAUACCAGACGUCCCGGUUACCGAACAACCACGGCAAUAAGUACUACUAGUAGUAGUACCACUACAACGCCAAGACGAAGACCGGUGUAUCCAGGUUUCACGAACAAACCUACUGAAGCGACUAAAUCUACUACUUCUAAGACAACAAUCAGUCCAUCCCCAUCUAUAAAGAUCAAACCAUCGCUGGAAAUUAUUAUUGGUAACCCUACUUUAGAAUCUGAACCAACGAAGUCGUCACCUUCCGCAGUAGAACUAUCUUCAUCAGAAGCUUCAAUUUCAACCCAAAAGGUGCUCACUGAACCUGAUCUUUUGGGUAUGGAAAGUGGAAUACCUGCCGAAAGUAUUGAUAAUAAUAAUAUUCAUGAUAUUGUAACACCAGGUGUUCACCAUGCAGGAAACGAAAUAAAAGUUAUAUUAGACUCAACUACGCCUUUGCCGUCAACCAUCAAAACCAUUUACAACGAAACAAAGAGUAAAAUACCUAUUCCCACGAGGUAUAUUACCCAUACCAAAACAGCUACAGUAACGAUCACAAAAACGACUGUCAUAAAGUCUCUUGGAAUGACUCCUUCAACGUUAACGAUACUGGUAACAAAAACAGAAAAGAUGACCAUUGUGGAUACUGUAACAGAAGUUCACACACUUGUUAAACCAACAAGUAUUAUUGAGACUAUUACGACAACUGUAAAACAAGCUAGUUCUUUGUACCCAGAUGACGCGUAUGGUAGUCCGUAUCCUUCAAUCCAAGUAAAACCGACACUUUUGGCACCAUUUUUAAAUUAUAACGAUACAGUAUAUGGUGAAAGUUCAGAAGAUAAUCUUGAAGACUUUAUCAUUCACGAAACUGAUCCGCCAAUAACAAAACAAAAAGAUCAACAGGUGCAUCCAGAAGAUAACGACUCAUUUCUAGUGGUAAUGACAGAUAAAAAUACAAAGAAUAUUGUUAAAGUACCAACAAGUUACGAAACUCAAGAAAGAGAUGAAGUUAUUACUACGAAUAAAGAUAAUAACGUACUUCUUGCGGGAGUACUACUUAAUCAUCCUGAGGAACAAGAGGAAAAACUUUUGGACAGGUGCGAACCUGAAUGUAAAGCGUCCAGAAAUGAAUUGUGCCAAAAACUUGGCGGACAUAUGAGAUGUACAUGCCGUCCUGGGUUUGCCAGAAUGUUUCCAGAUAGACCUUGUCUACCCACGUAUACCUUCGACUUGAAGAUAACUCUAGACAGAAUCGGGAAAGACCCACUCCACUUUUACGAGGAUUUGAAAAAUACUAAUUCAACAGAACAUUACAAAUUUGUUCAAGCAACUGGUGAAGCCUUGGAUAGAAUGGUGAUGCAAUCUGAUUUGAGAGAUAUUUUCCACGGUGUCAAAGUUCAUACAUUCGAGCCAGCACCAAAAGGAAUCAUCAGCAAAUUCCAUUUACAACUUUCCGAGAACAUCGAGGAACGCCGACUGGAAGAUGUACUUAAAACAUAUCUUCGGAAUAACAGCUUCAGUUUGGGUGGUACAGACAUUUUUGCCAGUCCACUGAUGGAGCUGGAAGCUCACGAUUUUAAUGAGUGCGCUCACACCAACCUCCAUGAUUGCUCAGAAAACGCACAUUGCUUCAAUUUGAAGGGUACCUACUCGUGUAGCUGCAAAGAAGGUUUUUCGGACAUGUCUGAAAAUAUGCUGUAUCCCGGUAGAGUAUGUUCUGCUGAGCAAGUUGGGUGUGAAAAUUGCAACUAUCACGGUACUUGUUACUCCAGAGGAGCUGACGAAGUACUAUGCGAGUGCUUCCAAUGGUACACUGGACAGUAUUGUCACAUUAAUCUAAAAAUUUUACUGAUAGCUUUGGUGACACUUGGAACAGUACUCUUUGGACUACUGCUUACCUGCAUCAUUCUCACAUGUGUAAAGGGCAAACCAAGACCUGUGGGAGUUGCUGGAGGAAUAAGUAUAUUACCACAGGGAGCCUCAGCUAGACGAAAUACCUUGGAUAGACGAGCGAUGAUUCAAGACACUAGCUCUGAAGAGGAUAACAAGUCAGAAACGUCGCGGUAUGUGAAGAAACAAAAGCCAGCUCCUCAAAAGAAAGCCUCAAAAGUGUCCCUCCAAGUGGCGGAACGAGGAGAAGGAGGAGCGACUAACCACGGUAUCACAUUCGACGACCAGAAAGACAGAUCCUUAACUGUCAUGAUUCCCCGAGCUAAAUACCACCCAGCGCCACCUACAUCUCCGUUAUCUAACUACACUAGCUUCGACGUGAGGAAACCUUCAGUACCGUCUAUACCGAACGAAGCCAAGUUGUUGAGUUUUCUGGACGCAGGACCGUGUCCAAGCAAAUCAGAACCUGUGAGGAAGUUCAGCAACGCUCCCAGUGAAUCACUGAUAGAGGAAAAACUUAGCUCUAGAAAGACCUCGGGAGCGCUGAUUUCAGCUGGAUUUGAAGUUUCAGCUACGGUUGUGAACAAUAUGGGUACUUUGGGUACGACUUGCGGUACUGAAGCGGACAGAAGUGAGAAUGCGACGCUUAUACAGAAAAUCAGCGCGGAUUUAUUGUCCAGCACUGGUACUAGGUCACAGUUUAACACUCUGAGAAAGUCGUUGGUGGACGAUGAUCUGAAGAGUGAAAUCCACAUGGACAGUGAGUCGAAUUGGUUAGAUAUGUUACCAAGAGUAAUGACUGUUUCUGAAGCGAGGUCAUAUGACGAAACUACAAUUCCACCUCCAAUGAAAUGUCUUCGGACAGACUACGAUUCAAAGCCUUCUUCUCAGCAUCCUAACGAUGAGGCGAACACGAUGGCCGAAAGAGACUUGGGGUCUACAUUUAUGCUUCCUCAUACUCAUCUGUACAAACCAGAUAGGGGAAGCGAUAUUUCAGGAUUCGAAUCGCUUUAGCAAAACCACACAACAAAUUUUGCUGCGGUGAUCGAUUCACUAAAAAAAUGUGCCUUAAAAGUGUCGUGUCAGUGCCUGUGGUAUUUUAUUUAUUUAUAAACUGUUCUAUUUUAUUUUUAUCAUACAAUUGUUUUUAAAGUAUCCCCUAUUGUAUAAAAUUGUAUUUUUAUAUAUAAUUUUUACUUUAGCCAUAACAUAUUUUGACUGUACAAAUGUGUGGGGAUUUUUGAACAAAAAAACUACUGGUAUUUUAGUAAAUUAAAACGUUGAAAGAGGUAUAUGUACAAACGUGCCUUGCAAAAAUGUUAAAAUACUUUCGAAGACGAUUUUUAAGUUUUAUAAUUUAUUCCCUUGUCAAAACAGAUUCAACUUUGCGAUCACCUACAGAAAUUAUAUCAAAUUUGGCAAUAGGUAUCUAAGUUUUUUUCAAUAUAAUAUACCAUUGGUAUAAGUACUCGUAUACCAUAUUAGGGUUGUUUCUUAGUAAACGACAAAAAAACUUACUAAUGCAUGAUUUUAUUGUGCUCUGAAAAUGUGUGCAACUCUAAAAAAAAAUAUAUCAAAAUCUUGUUUCUAUUUUUUUAAUGCUUUAAACAUUUUACAGAUUGAUCAAAUAGGCCAUAAGCAUAAAUAAAUAAAUAGAGGAAUGACUGCUCUAGUUUGUCGAUACAUGCAUAAUUACCUCUAUAAAUAACUUUUCCUGAGAGCUGCAUUUCUUUCCUCAUCCUUUGCAGCUGCUUAGACUAAAUGCUAAUGAAACGAUGUUUCAAAAUUAGCAAUCCUCUCCUAAUCCUAAGCAGUUGUUCAGAUUAUUUUUUACUGAUAAAUCUGUGGACUGUAUUAAUUUCAAGUGCAAACUGCAUAGUUGGCCUAAAUUUGCAUUCCUUUCUUGGUCUUAUGUAGGUAGCUGUUUAAAAAAAUUUACAGCCAAACCUGUAUGAAUUUCCUGAUCCCUUGUAGUUACCUUUAAGUGGCCAUAUUCUGUUGCAAUUAAUAACAAUAAUAAAUGUGCCAAAAGAUCCUUCCCCGAUCCCGUGCAGUUAGUUUAAAUAAUGAAUGCUCAAAACAUUACUCAUAACUGUUUUCCUAUCCUACUCCCCUUCAGCUGUUCAGAACAUUGCUAGUGAACAAAUAUGCAUUAGUUUCUAAUUAUUUGUAGCUGUUACACACUUUUGGUGAUGUUUACAAAACAUUAACUUUUUAUAAAGUCUACCAAUAAUUUAUAAUGAGCAGAUAUACAUUUUAUAAGUAAAAGCAUCUUAAUAAACUGUAAGAACUGAAGUGUCGUAAUGUAAAUGGAAAAAAAUGAUCUAUAUAGCUCACUUUAUGAUCUACAAUGAAAGAAAUAACAUUUGGACGUGAAACUAUAAAGUUAUCUUUGAAAGUCUUCUAAAAUUCCAGAUAGUUUACUUUUUAAAUUAUAGUUUUGAUAGAGACGUAAGAAUGAGCGUGUAAAUAUGGAGCGAAUGGUUUUAAAAUAUUUAUAUUAAGCAUAUUCUGGUCCUAAUAAUAAACAUUUUGUAUAUUCAGGCAAGUUGAAGCAAAGUGCCAAAAAAGACUAACUGUUUUUGUAUAUUUCCAUAUUUUUUUAUUAAAAUGUUUGUAAAGUAAUUAAAUAAUAUUACAAAGAGCAUAUUGGAACGUUUUUACGUGUUUUUAUUUGUAAUAAUUACUUUUCAGAAAUAAAAGUUUUUAAUUGUU